UUGACCACAGAGACAUGAAAAGCAGAAGUGCCCAAUAAAGCGAUGAGGAGGAAGUCGAUACGAAAGCAGCUGAGAAGAAGCGCUGUUGCGGCAGGAAGUCCUAACCCUCGGAAAAAAGGCAAAAAGACACAACCACCCGGGUCCCAGAGAGCUGUACUGGACGCCCAGGCUCUUCGCAGCGCCACUGGAGCAGAAGGAGCAGCAGGAGCAGCAUGAACGGCAGCAGCUUGGGCAACUCGUCGGCCAGAUGCGUCCGGGACACGAGCGUGACGUCGCUCAUCUUCCCCUGCCUCUACAGCAUCCUCUUCCUGGCCGCCCUGCUGCUCAACAGCCUCGCCUGCUGGGUCUUCUUCCAAAUCCCCAGCUCGUCCACAUUCGUGGUGUACCUGAAGAACGUACUGGUGGCCGACCUGCUCAUGACCCUCACGCUGCCCGUCAAGGUUCUGGCCGACUCGGGCCUCGGCCCCUGGCAGCUCAAGCUCUUCCACUGCCGCUACUCGGCCGUGCUCUUUUACACCUGCAUGUACAUCAGCAUCGUGCUGCUGGGACUCAUCAGCCUCGACCGCUACCUGAAGAUCGUGCACCCGUUCGGCCGCUGCGUGCUGCAACGCGUCGGCUGCGGCCGGCUGCUGAGCGCCGCCCUCUGGCUGCUGAUGGUGCCUCUGGCGCUGCCCAACGCCGUGCUGAGCGACCGCCCGGCCGCCCCGGCCCUGAGCCUCAAGUGCAGCGCGCUGAAGGGCCCCGCCGGGCUCCGCUGGCACGAGGGCUUCAACUACUUCUGCCAGGUGCUCUUCUGGGGCACGCUGGUGCUUAUGGUCGUGUGCUACAGCUUCAUCAGCCACCGGGUCUACGAGUCAUACGUGAGCUCGCGCAGCCGCUCCGGUGCCGCCGCCCAUCGCACCAAGGCACGGGUGUUCGUCGUGGUGCUCGUGUUCUUCGUGUCCUUCGCUCCAUUCCACUUCACCCGCGUGCCCUACACACUGAGCCAGACGCGCGGCGCGCACACCUGCGCCGCGCAGCACCGCCUCUACGUGGCCAAGGCAACCACGCUGUGGCUCUCUGCCACAAACAUCUGUCUGGACCCGCUCAUCUACAUCUUCCUGUGCGGAAUGUUCCGCAGGAAGCUCCUGGGUGCCUUGCGCUGCCGCUCCGUCCCCCUGGGCCCGCUGGAGUCGGCCACCGAGACGUCCACGCAGAUGCAGACCAAGAGGCCGACCGAGCUCUCGCUGCAGCGCGAGCGCAGUCCAACCCCGGAGAACCUCUGAGGUGUCUGAGGCACGGCCACGGGGACAAGCCACGCUCCCUUUGCUUUGCCGCUCCAGGGCUGGUCGCACCUUCUCCUCAUGGGUACGCCGAGAGGUUUCGCUCUCCGGAGGGGGGUGUGCAAGCGUCCGUGGAGCUGGAAGUAGCAGCCGCACCAUGUUGUUUUCGUUACAGCCAGAGACCGGGGGUGACCUGUUUACCUGUGACCUGGAGAGACGACACCUGGAUCCCGACGGGGGUCUCAGGAAAACUGCAUCAGUUCAAGGAUCUUGUUCAUCACCAUGGGCUUAGAUGGGCAGCAGGUGGCGUAGUGGUCGUAGCUCAUACCUCGCACUGAAUGGGCCUGGUUAAAAAAAUCCCAUCUGGUGCAAUACCCCUGAUCACCAUACUUACCCUGAAUGGACGCAGUAAAAUUCACUUGCUGUUUAAAUGGGUAAAUGAGUGUAUAUAUGACUUUGGAGAAAAGCAUGGGAAAUAAUGACUGUAAAUAUGGGACAGAAGAGAAAAGAGGGGCAGCUGAGCACCUGGGGACACAAUGUUACGAUGUGGGAGAAGUACAAUCGCUGGCGUUGUCUCCUGUCCUCACCAGCUGAGGUGUAAACUCAUGUUGGCAAUGGCAAAUACAUGAUGUAAUUAUAUACUAUUGAGCACAGAUUUACUGAAAAUAUAUUCUAAUUCAGCUUCUGUACAUUGGUGCAGUAUUAUUUAGUGAGCGAUGACUUUGUAAUUUUGGAUUUGACAAUAAUAAUGAUUUUGCUUCAUGGAG